CGCGGCUCGCUUUGAGAUAAGUCGGGGAGUUAAUUAGACAUUGGCGGUUAAAUCUGAAUAACUCAAGAGUUAAACGGUUCGGCUGUCAGCUAACUCGUUAGCCUGGUUUGUAUUGCAACAACAACAACAACAACAACAACAACCCCACCAACUGGAGGGCUGCCCGUUAUCUGUGGCGUCUCAGUCUGUGAAUGUUCCAUUUGGCAGCUUUGGGAUUAAUCCUAUGGAUAUUGUUGCUACUGUGGAGGAUUAAUACCAAGACGGCAACGAUGCCCGUGACUAUAAAGGACUCUCCGCCUGGCUGCGGCCCACCUGCGGCCGAGGACGACGUGCCUUCUGCACGAUCCCCUCAUCCAGGCGAACAUUCCCCGUCAACGGUUCCUGCUCCCCCCACACGGCUCGAGGGCGACGGCCCUCAGGCCUCUGCGGGUCUUGAAGUUAAAACCGUGGACGGCACUGGGGCUCUGCCGGCAUCCUCUGGGAUAAAUGCAGAAGAGCCAUCAUUGCGGAUGAACACCCAGAGACCUUCCAAAACCAGGGCGCCGAUGCUGAGCUCAAAGCUUGGGGCAAGGGAACGCCUCAAGUUCAUUCUCGGAGCAUCGGAGGACAACUCUUCAGACGAGGAACUCCUGGUCGCUAAACCUCCGAGCGGUGCGUUUCAGCCGGCCUCCUGCGGCCCCAGAGAGGCCGGCUCCUCUGGGAUGAAGCCUAGUAUGUCUGGUCUUCACUUGGUGAAAAAAGGACAUAACCACAGGAAGAUGGAUGUUCAGAGGGACUUCGCCGUGGCCUCUCCUGCGGAGUUUGUUACCCGAUUUGGUGGCAACCGCGUCAUCGAAAAAGUGUUGAUUGCUAACAACGGUAUAGCUGCAGUCAAAUGUAUGCGCUCGAUUCGCCGCUGGUCCUACGAAAUGUUUCGUAAUGAAAGAACGAUCCGUUUUGUGGUCAUGGUCACCCCUGAAGACUUGAAAGCCAAUGCAGAAUACAUUAAUGCAGACCACUAUGUGCCUGUUCCCGGUGGGCCCAACAACAACAACUACGACAAUGUAGAGCUGAUAGUUGACAUUGCCAAGAGAAUCCCAGUGCAGGCUGUCUGGGCUGGUUGGGGUCACGCCUCAGAAAAUCCCAAACUGCCUGAGCUGUUGGACAAAGCAGGAGUAUUGUUCUUAGGCCCCUCCAGUAAGGCCAUGUGGGCUCUUGGGGAUAAGGUGGCUUCUUCCAUUGUGGCUCAGAGUGCUGACAUUCCCACACUGCCGUGGAGCGGAUCAGGUCUGACAGUGGCUUGGGAAGAGGACGACCAGUUUCAGGGCAAUAUGAUCAGUGUUCCUCCGGAAAUCUACACAAAGGGCUGCGUUCGUGAUGUAGAUGAUGGACUGGCGUGGGCUGAGAAAAUAGGUUAUCCGGUUGUCAUCAAGGCCUCUGAAGGUGGAGGUGGAAAGGGUAUCCGCACAGUAGAAAAUUAUGAGGACUUUCCAAGCCUCUAUAGACAGGUGCAGACCGAGGUGCCCGGCUCGCCUAUCUUCAUCAUGCAGCUGGCUCAGCAUGCCAGACAUCUCGAGGUUCAGAUACUGGCGGAUGAGUAUGGGAACGCCAUCUCUCUCUUUGGACGAGACUGCUCCAUCCAGAGACGGCACCAGAAGAUCAUAGAGGAAGCUCCUGCCACCAUAGCUUCUCCCUCAACAUUCGAGCAAAUGGAACAGUAUGCCGUGAGAAUGGCCAAGAUGGUAGGCUAUGUGAGCGCUGGUACUGUGGAAUAUCUCUACUCUGAAGACGGAGGUUUCCAUUUCCUGGAGCUAAAUCCUCGCCUGCAGGUGGAACAUCCAUGUACAGAAAUGAUUGGAGAUGUAAACCUGCCAGCCGCCCAGCUUCAGAUUGCGAUGGGUAUCCCCCUCCAUAGAAUCAAGGACAUCCGUUUGCUUUACGGGGAAACUCCAUGGGGCGACACCCUUAUUAACUUUGAGGCUCCAGAAUGCACGCCAAGUCCGAGAGGGCACGUCAUAGCCGCGCGCAUCACCAGCGAGAACCCCGAUGAGGGGUUCAAGCCCAGUUCUGGCACCGUUCAGGAGCUGAACUUCCGCAGCAGUAAAAACGUCUGGGGUUAUUUCAGCGUGGGGGCAACAGGAGGACUGCAUGAGUUUGCAGAUUCCCAGUUUGGACACUGUUUUUCCUGGGGAGAAAACCGCGAAGAAGCCAUCUCGAACAUGGUGGUGGCUAUGAAGGAGCUGUCCAUUAGAGGGGACUUCAGGACCACAGUUGAAUAUCUAAUUAAGUUACUAGAGACGGAAAGCUUCAGAAACAAUGACAUUGACACCAGCUGGCUGGAUCAUCUCAUUGCAGAGAAGGUGCAGGCGGAGAGACCAGACACCAUGCUGGGCAUCGUUUGUGGGGCUUUGCAUGUUGCUGAUGCAAGCUUCCAAAAGAGCAUGUCUGAUUUCCUGCAUUCACUGGAAAGAGGUCAAGUACUCCCUGCAGCCAGUCUCCUAAACUCUGUCAAUGUGGACCUAAUAUAUGAAGGAGUCAAGUUCUGCCUCAAGGUUGCUCGCCAAUCCCCAACAACCUUUGUCAUUAUGAUGAACAACUCCAACAUCGAGAUAGAUGUCCACAGGCUGAGUGAUGGCGGCCUCCUGCUGUCCUAUGACGGAAGUAGCCACAUCACCUACAUGAAGGAGGAAGUGGACAGCUAUCGCAUCACUGUAAGCAACAAGACCUGUGUGUUUGAGAAAGAGACGGAUCCCACGAUGCUGAGGUCGCCCACAGCUGGUAAACUGCUGCAUUACGCGGUGGACGACGGAGGCCACGUUCUUUCAGGAGAGAUCUACGCAGAGAUUGAGGUGAUGAAGAUGGUGAUGGCGUUGACGGUGCAGCAGUCCGGUUGUGUCCACUUUGUCAAGCGAGCCGGAGCCGUUCUGACGCCUGGCUGCGUGGUAGCUCGUUUAGCUCUGGAUGACCCCAGCAGUAUACACUUGGUGGAGCUCAACACCGCCGUAUUGCCACCCCAGCAACCACUGCCCACCGUGGGUGAAAAGCUUCACCAGGUGUUUCACUGUGUGCUGGAAAACCUGGUGAAAGUCAUGGCGGGCUACUGCCUAGAGGACCCCUUCUUCAGCAGCAAGCUGAAACAAUGGGUGUCUACCCUGAUGAAGACCCUCAGGGACCCCUCGCUGCCCCUGUUGGAACUCCAGGACAUCAUCACGAGCUUGGCGAGUCGCAUUCCUCCCAGCGUGGAGAAAGAUAUCCGUAAAGUGAUGGCUCAGUACGCAAGCAACAUCACCUCCGUCCUCUGCCAGUUCCCCAGCCAAAGGAUUGCAAAUAUUCUAGACAGCCAUGCAGCGACCCUGCAGAGGAAGUCCGACCGAGAGGUGUUUUUCAUGAACACUCAGAGUAUUGUUCAGCUAGUACAGAGGUACCGCAGUGGAAUUCGGGGUUACAUGAAGUCGGUGGUCCUCGAUCUGCUGAAGAAAUACUUGCAAGUAGAGAUACAGUUUCAACAAGCUCACUAUGACAAGUGUGUCAUCAACUUGCGAGAGCAGCACAAACCUGACAUGAGCCCUGUGCUGGAGUACAUAUUCUCACAUGCCCAGGUUUCAAAGAAGAACAUCCUGGUCAUAAUGCUCAUAGACCAACUGUGCGGAAAGGAUUCCAUGCUAGCAGAUGAGCUCAUGGACAUUCUCAACGAGCUCACGCAGCUCAGCAAGAUGGAGAACUCAAAGGUGGCCUUGAGGGCCAGACAGGUCUUGAUUGCAUCCCAUUUACCGUCAUAUGAACUGAGGCACAACCAGGUGGAGUCCAUCUUCCUGUCAGCCAUUGACAUGUACGGCCACCAGUUCUGUCCAGAAAACUUGAAGAAACUCAUUCUCUCUGAAACCUCAAUUUUUGAUGUUUUGCCCAAUUUCUUCUAUCACUCCAACCAAGUUGUCUGCAUGGCUGCUUUGGAGGUGUAUGUGCGCAGAGGUUACAUCGCCUAUGAGCUGAAUAGCAUCCAGCAUCAACAACUGCACGAUGGAACGUGCGCUGUGGACUUUCAGUUUAUGCUGCCAUCAUCACAUCCAAACAGAGGGAGCAACCCUACUCUCAACAGGGUUCCCGUGCCAGUGAGCGGAUCAAGCCAGUUUAAAAUGAGGCGAGAGAGCAGUGAACUCUUCUUGGAGGGAGCCUUUUCUCCCCCCUGCCAGCGCAUGGGCGCCAUGGUGGCUUUCCAGUGUUUCGAGGACUUCAAAAGGAAUUUUGAUGAAGUUCUCUCCAGCUUUGCAGAACCGCUCUUGGAGAGCGCUCCAUUCUCAGAGUCCUGCCCCAGUCUGUUUGAGGAAGAGAACUUCAAGAACACGAGGGAAAACCCGAUCCACAUCAUUAACGUGUCCAUAAAAAACGCUGACACAGAAGACGACGAUGCCCUUGUUACGGCCUUCACCGCAUUUGCCCAGUCGAAGCGCCCUAUCCUCUUUGAAUAUGGCAUCAGACGGAUCACAUUUCUAGUUGCACAGAAGAGGGAAUUCCCCAAGUUCUUCACGUUCAGAGCUAGAGAUGGGUUCCAGGAGGAUCAAAUUUAUCGUAAUCUGGAGCCUGCUUUAGCCUUUCAGCUGGAGCUCAACCGCAUGAGGAACUUUUACCUGACAGCCGUUCCCUGUGCCAACCACAAGAUGCAGCUGUACCUCGGUGCUGCCCGCGUGCAGGAGGGCGUUGAAGUUACAGACUACCGCUUCUUCAUACGAGCGAUUAUCCGACACUCUGAUCUCAUCACUAAAGAAGCGUCCUUUGAAUAUCUUCAAAAUGAGGGAGAACGUCUACUGUUGGAGGCCAUGGAUGAGUUGGAGGUGGCCUUCAGUAACACCGGUGUCCGCACAGACUGCAAUCACAUCUUCCUCAACUUCGUCCCCACUGUCAUAAUGGACCCCUCUAAAAUCGAGGAGUCUGUUCGCUCCAUGGUGAUGCGCUAUGGCAGUCGUCUUUGGAAGCUGCGGGUCAUGCAGGCUGAGCUGAAGAUCAACAUCCGUCUGACCCCAACCGGGAAUGCCAUUCCUGUCCGCCUGUUUCUCACCAACGAGUCCGGCUAUUACUUGGACAUCAGUCUGUACAAUGAGGUCACCAACCCAAGUUCUGGACAGAUCAUGUUCCAGUCAUAUGGAGAUAAGCAGGGUCCUCUGCAUGGCAUGCUGAUCAACACUCCGUAUGUGACCAAAGACCUGCUGCAGGCCAAACGCUUCCAGGCUCAAACUCUGGGGACUACAUACGUCUAUGACUUCCCUGAGAUGUUCAGACAAGCACUGUUCAAGCUGUGGGGUCCAGGGGAAAAAUACCCCAAAGAUGUGCUGAUGUGCACCGAGCUGGUUGUGGACCCUGAAGGUCAACUCGUGCAGAUGAACCGCCUGCCUGGAGACAACGACGUGGGAAUGGUUGCCUUCAAGAUGACGAUGAAGACUCCAGAGUACCCAGAGGGCAGAGAUCUCGUUGUCAUCUGUAAUGACAUCACUCACAUGAUCGGCUCAUUUGGUCCUCAGGAGGAUGAGCUGUUCCUCAGGGCGUCAGAGUUGGCUCGGGCCGAGGGCAUUCCCCGCAUUUACGUCGCAGCCAACAGUGGAGCGCGCAUCGGCCUGGCUGAAGAGGUCAAACACAUGUUCCAGGUGGCCUGGAUCGACCCCACUGACCCCUACAAGGGCUUCAAGUACCUCUACCUGACGCCACAGGACUACACUUGUGUCAGCGCCACCAACUCUGUUCACUGUCGGCAUGUAGAGGAAGGGGGCGAGUCCAGGUACAUCAUCACAGACAUCAUCGGGAAGGACGAUGGUCUCGGGGUUGAGAACCUGCGAGGUUCCGGCGCCAUUGCUGGAGAAACCUCUCAGGCGUAUGAAGAGAUUAUUACAAUUAGCAUGGUGACGUGUCGCGCUAUUGGAAUCGGAGCAUAUCUGGUCCGUUUGGGACAGAGAGUGAUUCAGGUGGAGAACUCUCACAUUAUUCUGACUGGAGCAGGUGCUCUGAACAAGGUUUUGGGAAGAGAGGUCUAUGCAUCCAACAACCAGCUGGGAGGGAUCCAGAUCAUGCACAACAAUGGAGUCACACACACCACCGUGCCGGAUGACUUUGAGGGCGUCUUCACCGUCCUCAAGUGGCUCUCCUACAUGCCGAAGAACAAACACUCCCCUGUACCCAUCAUAGCAACGGCAGAUCCAGUAGACCGAGAGAUAGAAUACACUCCGACUAAGGCACCGUACAACCCCCGCUGGAUGCUGGCCGGAAGACCUCACCCCACGGUGAGAGGUUCCUGGCAGAGUGGAUUCUUCGACCACGGCUCCUUCAUGGAGAUAAUGGAGUCUUGGGCUCAGACGGUGGUAGUGGGCAGGGCACGGUUAGGCGGAAUCCCCCUCGGUGUCAUUGCCGUUGAAACACGCACGGUUGAGUUCACUGUCCCAGCUGAUCCAGCAAACCUGGAUUCAGAAUCUAAAGUUCUGCAGCAGGCGGGCCAGGUGUGGUUUCCAGAUUCAGCCUUUAAAACGGCCCAGGCCAUUUGUGACUUCAACCGUGAGCAUCUUCCUCUAAUGGUGUUUGCCAACUGGAGGGGCUUCUCUGGUGGAAUGAAAGAUAUGUAUGACCAGAUACUGAAGUUCGGCGCCUACAUAGUGGACGCCCUGCGUGGUUUCCGUCAGCCGGUGCUAGUGUACAUCCCGCCACAUGCUGAGCUGAGAGGAGGAUCGUGGGUGGUGAUAGAUCCCACCAUCAACCCACUGUGUAUGGAGCUCUAUGCAGACAGGGAGAGCAGAGGUGGUGUGCUGGAGGCUGAAGGUACAGUGGAGAUCAAAUUCAGGAGGAAGGACUUAUUGAAGACCAUGAGAAGACUAGAUUCAGUCUACGCUAGUCUGGUGGAGCAGCUCGCUUCCCCGGAGCUGCCUGACAAGCAGGGCAGAGAGCUGGAGACAAAGCUCAAAGCCAGGGAGGAGUUCCUGUUGCCCAUCUACCACCAGGUGGCAGUGCAGUUUGCAGAUCUCCAUGAUACCCCAGGCAGGAUGCAGGAGAAGGGUGUCAUCACUGAUAUUUUGGAGUGGAAGAACGUGCGGACCUUCUUCUACUGGCGUCUGCGUCGGCUCUUGUUGGAGCAGGUGGUGAAAUGUGAGAUUCUUGAGGCCAACAAAGACCUCAGUGAUGGACACAUGCAGUCUAUGCUUCGACGCUGGUUUGUUGAAACGGAAGGAACAGUCAAGGCCUACCUCUGGGAUAAUAACAAAGAAGUAGUUGAGUGGCUGGAGAAGCAUUUGACCAAGGAGGAUGGCAUACGAUCAGGCAUCCGAGAGAACAUCAAGUACCUGAAAAGGGAAAACACCUUGAAACACAUCCGCAGUGUGGUAGAGGCCAGCCCUGACAUAGCCAUGGACUGCAUCAUCCAAAUGAGCCAGAACAUCACUCCGUCCCAGAGGGCCAAGCUCUCGCAUCUGCUUGCAACUAUGGACAGCGCCAGCACCAAUUAAGCUGCGGAGCUUCACCGGGUUUUAUUUUAAAAAAGAACAAAAGGUGACGCUCCGGUUAAAUGCACCUUGUUGGUAAAGAGAUGGAAGAUUUGCAUUUUUUGGGGGGGUCUAUUUGGGCACAAAGUGACUUAUUCCUCAGAGAUCACAUCACCACUACAGUGCUCUGCCUGUUGUAAACGUUGCUUUUAAAAGGCUUCUUUGCAGGGACGUCAUGAUCAGUUUGACAGGCAGACAAAGAGUUUGUCUUUUUAUAUUUGUGAUGAAAACAGUAAGUUCAGCUUCUCACAUCCAGAAACGUUCCGGUUCACAAACUACGACCGGAUGGCACAUUUCAUUUGGCUGUGUUUGCACAUAAUAGUGUUGCAGUGUAACUGCGUUUGUUCAGUCUUUUGAGUGGCAAGUUUCACAAAGUGGGAGACGCCUUAGUUAGUGGAUGGGCGUUGUCCUCAGUUAAAUGUAUUAAAUAGAGAUAUUUUGUUAUACUGUUCAUGUAGCUCAGAUAACUGAUCAAUUAUUUGAUUGAUUACCAAGUAAAACUAACAAAAAAAGUGUUUUUUUGCAUUGAAGAAAUAAAAGAAUGUACCAGUAUUAAAAUGCCGAAAUGCAAAUUAAGAACCGAUUAAGAUGGAUUCAGCUGUCCGUUCACUUCCAGUCUGUCUGAGUGUUUCUAUGCUGUAGUGUUGUUUGUUCUACAAAACAAUGUAAUGAAUGAUAGGAGAUACUGUGACACUUAAUGUGAUACUUCUGAGCUUUCUUUGAUUUUUGCAGUAAUUCAGGUUGAACAAAGGAUUGCCAAAGUAGUCGCCUAAGUGAUGGCUUAAUUCUCCUCUAAAAACAGGGACAUUUAAUUUUAAAUGUACAUCAACUCUGUCUUGUAUUGAAUUCCACUGAAGACUGUUUGUUAAUAAAUGUCAUUGAUAUAUUUUUGUCAAAA